CCGCGGAAGCCGGGUAGAGGAGACUGGCAGGAGUUGGGAAGAGCAGUCAUUGCAUUUGGCAUUGGGAAAUUAGGAAGGCAGCUGUGCACAGCCCUCCUGCAGCACAGUACAACCUGACCCGGAAGAACAGUAAGAAGAGAGGGAGUUAAUGGUUUGAGGAGGAUUGCAGUCAUUCUGAGAGCUCUCAGUUUUUCCUGUUCGCAGGUCAUCUCAUCGCAAUCCGUAACAGAAGGAAGUGAAGUCUGUUUGCACCAUGCUGGGAGGCAAAGUGACCCUGGCGACCUGCGCUUUGAACCAGUGGGCACUAGAUUUUGAAGGAAAUUUUCAAAGAAUUUUGAAAAGUAUUGAAAUAGCAAAAUCAAAAGGUGCAAGAUAUAGACUUGGACCUGAACUGGAAAUUUGUGGGUAUGGCUGCGCUGAUCACUACUUGGAAUCUGAUACAGUACUUCACUCAUUUCAAGUACUGGCAGAACUCUUGGUCUCUCCGGCCACUGAAGACAUAAUGUGUGAUGUAGGAAUGCCAGUCAUGUACAAAAACACCCUCUACAACUGUAGAGUGAUAUUUCUCAACAAGAAGCUAUUGUUAAUCAGACCAAAGCUGGCCAUGGCAAAUAGUGGGAACUACAGAGAGUUACGCUGGUUUAUGCCAUGGAAUAAACAAAGGAUAGUAGAAGAAUUUUCCCUUCCAGAUAUAAUCCAGCGGGUGACUGGACAGGAUACUGUUCCAUUUGGUGAUGCUGUCAUUGAGACGAAGGAGACCUGCCUGGGCAGUGAAAUCUGUGAGGAGCUCUGGGUUCCCAACAGUCCCCACAUUACCAUGGCGAUGGAUGGGGUUGAGAUUUUUACCAAUUCCUCGGGGAGCCAUCACGUCCUUCGGAAAAAUUAUGUGAGGGUUGAUCUUAUAAAGUCAGCGACAGCAAAGAAUGGUGGUAUUUAUCUCCUUGCCAACCAGAAAGGCUGUGAUGGUGAUCGCCUGUAUUAUGACGGCUGUGCAAUGAUUGCUGUCAAUGGACAUCUUGUGGCUCAAGGAUCCCAAUUUUCCUUGGACGAUGUGGAAGUUAUAACGACCACUCAGGAUUUGGAAGAUAUAAGAAGCUAUGAUGCAAUCAGGAUAUCUGCAAGAUUAUUGGCAACUGAAGUACAGCUCUACCCUCGUGUGAAAGUCGACUUUGCACUUUCGUCGGUUGGUGAUGUCUAUAUGCCCUCCAUUGUACCCAUUCAGAUCCGGUACCAUACUCCUGAGGAAGAAAUCAGCCUUGGACCAGCAUGUUGGUUGUGGGAUUAUCUGCGACGUAGUUCACAGGCUGGAUUUCUUCUGCCUCUCAGUGGUGGUAGCGAUAGCUCAGCUACAGCCUGUAUUGUCUAUUCCAUGUGUCAUCAGGUGUGCCUUGCUGCGAGUAAUGGAAAUCAGCAGGUGAUUGAAGAUGCCCGGAGGAUAGUGAAUGAUCCUCAGUACGUCCCCAAGGACCCACGGGAAUUUUGUAACCGGAUCUUUAUCACCUGCUACAUGGCGAGUGAGAACUCUUCACGAGACACUUGCAAUCGAGCCAAAGAGUUGGCAGAGCAAAUAGGCAGUUAUCACAUAAACUUGAACAUUGAUCCGGCAGUGAAAGCUGUGAUGGGAAUAUUCCGCCUAGUAACUGGUAAAUCUCCACAGUUUGCGGCACAUGGUGGCAGCAGAAGAGAAAACCUGGCCCUACAGAAUUUACAGGCAAGAAUUCGCAUGGUCAUCGCCUAUCUCUUUGCUCAGUUAUGUUUGUGGACUUCUGGAAAGCCUGGAGGCUCAUUGGUUCUCGGAUCAGCCAAUGUCGAUGAGAGCCUUCGUGGAUACUUGACCAAAUACGAUUGCUCCAGCGCUGAUAUCAACCCAAUUGGUGGCAUCAGUAAGAUUGAUUUAAGGAGCUUUAUACAGUACUGCAUUGAAAACUUCCAGCUCACUGCGCUGAGAAGCAUCAUGUCUGCUCCACCAACGGCUGAGCUGGAGCCACUUUCAGAGGGACAGACAUCUCAAACUGAUGAGGCUGAUAUGGGAAUGACAUACACAGAACUGUCUGUCUUUGGGAAACUAAGAAAGAUUGCAAAGUGUGGCCCUUACAGUAUGUUCUGCAAAUUGCUCUACAUGUGGAAAAGCAUCUGUACUCCAAGGCAGGUGGCUGAGAAAGUGAAGUAUUUCUUCAGAAUGUACUCAAUUAAUCGGCACAAGAUGACAACAUUGACUCCUGCGUACCAUGCAGAAAAUUAUAGUCCUGAUGACAAUCGGUUUGAUCUUCGACCAUUCCUGUACAACACUAGUUGGUCUUGGCAGUUCAAGUGUAUUGAUAACCAGGUCUCAAAGCUCGAGAGCAGUCACGAAAGUUCUAAUGAUGGUGUUUGUGAUGAGCUGGACUGAAUCACACUACCUCAGUAUUGAGCACAAUUAUCAACAAUGGACAGAGGGCAGUGUGCUCCCAUAGAAUCAAACUGCAGACUCUUCAUUGCAGCUGUAUGGCAAUAAAGCAUUAUGGUUCCGGUGAAAAUCCUUUCCUUUGUCGUGAAAUAAUAGUUAUGUUCAAACUCAUUGGAACGGGGUAGGCUGUUCAGCCCAUUGAGUCUGCCUUGCCAAUCUGGACCAUGACAUCUACCUCAAUAUCACUUUCCCACACUAUCUCCAUAUCCCUUUAGCAUCAUUAGCUUCCAGAAACCUGUUAAUUUUAAUCUUCAACAGUCUCAAUGAUGGAGCUUACAAAGGCCUUUGGAGUAUAGCAUUCUAAAAAUUCACCAUCCGCUAAAUGAAAAAAAUCCUGCUCAUCUCAAUUUUAAAUAGCCUGUUGGGCAUUACAUUGGCUCCGUGGUUAGCACUGCUAUCUCACAGCACCAGGGACAUGGGUUUGAUUCCAUCUUUGGAUGACUAUGUAGAGUUUGCACUUUAUCCUUGUGUCUGUGUGGGUAUCCUCUCCCAGUCCACAGAUGUGCAGGUUAGGAUGGAUUGGCUGUGGAAAUAUUGCCCCAUAGUGUGUAUAGAUGUGCAAGCUUAGGUGGGUUAGCUAUGGGAAAUGUGGGGUUACAGGGAUAGGGUGGGAUGCUCUUUUGAGGGAUGGUGAAAACUUGAUGGACCAAAUGGCCUUUUUCCACACUGUAGGGAUUGUGAUAUCCCUCACCCUGAGACUGUAUCCUAUUUUCUGAAAGCCACAAGCCAAGGGAAAUAUCUCUCCACCUAGUUGUGCUAUAAGAAUAUUAAAAGUUUAAAUGAAACUACCUCUCAUUCUCAGAACCACUAGAGAAUACAUUACCUGUUUAUUCAAAUCUUUCCUCAUAAAACAAUCCCAGUAUAAUCUGAUGAAUGAUCUUGGCACUCCCUCUGUGGCAAUUAAUAUACCUUCCUAACUAAGGUGAUCAAAGCAGCACACGACAACAAUAACUGUAUGUAACUAGCAUCUUUAACAUAGUAAAAUCUGCCAAGGUGACUGUUGUUUAACAUCUCGUGAGACCAUGCUAAGGAAGGAGACGACGGAAUAGGUAAACAAAUGAUUUAAAAACUAUGUUACUAAACAAGAAUAGAAGGAGAGAGAUGGUUAAGUGAAGAUGUUUUAGUAGGGAAUUUCAUCGUCAUUACUAUCAGCAAUUACAGAAGGAGAUUUCAGGUUCACAACAGUUUUCAUGGUGGAAUGGUAGCAUGUAAUUACAAAGAAAUUUGGCCUUUAUGAAGGUUAUGAAAUGAUUAUCAGUUGGAUAUUUAAUCUGAAGUAUGGCCAAUGGUUUUACUGUGGAAUGCAAAUUUAUGGAUGGAAGAUUCAACAAAAGACCUUCACAGCUAUUCAACCACUGUGUGAAUAUAUCUGGUUUCAGCUGUCUGAGGCUAAAUCUGAAAACUGUAAAAAUGUAAACCAAGUGUGAUAUUAUCAACCUUGUGUAAGAUUAAUUGUUCCCGCAUACUCUUCAUAGCAUUGUAUGUAACUAAAUUAUAAAAUAGAAUUAUGUUGCUUUUAAA